AUGAUUCACGAAUAUUCUACCAUGGAACAAAUGAAAAGUGUUCCAUUCAAAAAGAGACUCUACACGCCAUCAAAGAUGUCUCCAACCACGGUAAUAGGCAAUUCUGAUCGUUCAGACUUUCCUUCCACUAUCUUGUUUCCAACCACCUCCACCACAACGAAUAAUAACAAUAGUACCACCAACGACUCUACCAACACUACCACAAAUACCUCUCCAACAACAAUCUUCGCAAUCAAAGAAGAAGCCCACCCACAAAAUAAUCCCACAUCAGAAACUACUUCAAAUAUACUAUCAUCAACUAUUGAUGCCCUAGCGUCAUUACAACAUCAAGCAUUUUCUUCAACGUCCCCAUCUAACGAGUCUACCACAACCAAUGCCUCCUCUUCAACCCAUCAUUCAUCACCCGAGGAUUCAGGAUCAAAAAAGAAUGGUACCUCGACCAUAACCAUCAAUAAUGGUCACUCCAGCAAUUCUGAUUCCUCACCAAAAUCCAAGAAGAAACGCCAAUUCAUCAACAGGGACAGAAAAAAGAAAGAGGAGAGCGAGGAUGAAAAUUCUGCUAGCGACGAGGAAGAAAAUGACUCUGACGAGGAUUCGAGUGAAGAUGAAACGUUAUAUUGCAAGUGCAACAGGCCAGCUUCAUAUGGUUGGAUGAUCGCUUGUGAUCGUUGUGAUAAAUGGUUCCAUGGAAGAUGUUUGGGUUUGAAGAAAUACCAAGCAAAUUCUAUUAGUACAUAUGUGUGUCCAGAUUGUGAAAAUGCUCAACAAAAUUCAAAGAAACGAAAAUCUGACACUUCGUUAAACGGAAAGGGACGAAAUUCUAGGACGGAGGAAAUCUCAAAGGAUUUACCAAAACCACGGUCGGUACAACAGCAAAUAUCCAACCAUCUGUAA